UGGGUCUCGAGAAGGGGGCGCGGGCUCCCUUACAAAACCAGACCGUUUUUAAAAAUGUAGGUCUGUUACCGUCCCAGGCUGAUGACAAACCACGAGAUCUACCGGGAUUAGAAUACACCGCACCUACAGGUGUCAUGGCCGGCGCCCUCCUCCAUCUUAUGGUCCUCCUGACAACUCUGCCCCACCGUCUCCAUGGAGACCAGAAUAACGGCCACAACGCCUCCCGUCGCCAUGACUACUGCGUGCUGGGGGCGGGUCCUGCAGGCCUGCAGAUGGGCUACUUCCUGCAGCGGGCACAGAGGGAUUACAUCAUCCUGGAGAGGAACUCUGGACCCGGCAGCUUCUUCAACAUCUACCCGCGCCACAGGAAGCUGAUCAGCAUCAACAAGAUCUACACCGGGAGGCGGAACCCAGAGUUCAACCUGCGACACGAUUGGAACUCCCUCCUGAGUGACAGGCCCGACCUGCUGUUCCAACGAGUCAGCCGGGAGCUGUACCCGAGGGCCGAGGCGUUGCCGCGGUACCUGGCACUGUACGAGCACAAGCUGGACCUCACUGUGAGGUACGGGGAGGAUGUGGCACGAGUCAGCGCCUCUGGGCCGGACUCCACCAGGACAUACACCCUCACCACCCACCAAGGACAGGAGUACCAGUGCAGAGUCCUGCUGGUGUCCACGGGGCUAUGGGUUCCCCAGCAAGUCCAGUUUGAGGGCUGGCAGCUGGUGGAGGGCUACGAGUCCAUCCCUGUGGACCCGGAGCAGUACCGCGACCAGGCCGUGCUGAUCCUGGGGAAGGGCAAUGCAGCCUUCGAGACGGCCCAGAGCAUGCUGGGAAGGGCCAGCAGGGUGCACCUCUACAGCCCCAGCCCUGUCCGGCUCGCCUGGCAGACGCACUACGUAGGAGACCUCCGGGCCGUGAACAACGAGCUGUUGGACACGUACCAGCUGAAGUCUCUGGACGGGCUGGUGGAGGGACGCCUGGAGGACAUUGCCAUCCUGCCCCGGGGAGGGGAGGAGGACGAGGAGGAGGAAGAGGAGGAGGGGAGUGCUGUCAGGGGGAGGAGGAGGAGGAGGAGGAAGAAGAGGAGGGACGCGGGGGGGAGGAGGAGGCAGCUGUACCUCACACUGGCGGAGCUCCUACAAGGCAGAAACAGGUCAGAGGUUAACCCCUCCCAUCUGCCGGCCUAUCACAAUGACAACUUCUCCCUGAGACAGCCUUACGACCGCGUGAUUCGCUGUCUGGGGUUCCGCUUCAACUUCAGCAUAUUUGACAGCUCUGCCAGGCCCCCCAGCAGUGAGGGUGUCAGGGGGCGGUUGCCAGGAGUGACGGCGUGGUACGAGGGCCGUGGAACCCCGGGGCUGUUUGUUCUGGGAGCCGCCGCCCACGCCAGAGACUACCGCUCCUCUGCUGGGGGCUUCAUACACGGCUUCCGCUACACGGUGCGGGCAGUUCACCGACUGUUGGAGCAGCGUUACCAUAGCAACCCCUGGCCGGUAACAAAGCUGUGGACCAAUCAGCUGCUUAGCUGGCUGCUGAGGCGGGUCAACGAGGCAUCUGGACUGUACCAGAUGUUCAGCACGCUGGGGGAUGUGGUGCUGCUGCAGGGGGCCCAGUGUGAGUACCUGGAGGAGUUCCCCCUGCAGGCUCUUCCCCGGUUCCCCUCCCUGUCCGGCCGGCCUGCCCCGCCCCACGGCCUGCUGGUCCUGGUGCUGCAGUAUGGGCUGAACCGCUCCAGCGACCCCCUGGGGCCCGGCCGGGCCGAGUCUGAGUGGCCCCGCGCCUGGAGGUCCAACUUCCUCCAUCCCGUCCUCUACUUCUACCACACCCUGCCCACAGAGAGGGAGAUGAGACUUCGCCCCCCUGGCUGGCCCCUCCCCCGGCCCGCUGCCAUACAUCACAUGAUCGAGGACUUCCUGACUGAGUGGGAGGGGCCUGUCUCUCACAGCCAACCGCUGCGUCGCUUCCUGGAGCACUGCCUUCAGACGGACCUCAGAGCCUUCUACGCAGAGUCGUGUUUCCGCUUCUCCCUGACCAAUCACCAGCCUCCGCUGUUCUGUCGUCAGGGUUACCUGAAGAAGCAGGGGCUGAUGGGUAGCAGAGGGCGGGAUAAUGACGAGGCAUGGCCACGCCCCUCCCAGCAGGACUCCGGCCCCUCCUUCCCCGGCAUGCUGACGCCAGGGGCAGCCUCCGUGUCAUCACCCAUGAACUUUGACUUCUGACUGUUCAAACCACAGGACCUCUGACCACAGGAAAUCAACACAGACACAGCCAGAACUAGUGUGGAUGUGUACUGGACUAACUCUACCUCACACAUCCUCACUUUGAAAUGGUAAAUGUACAUUAUGAGCAGACUUGUUCAUGUGCUCCUCCCCAUCCUUUACCAAAUCAUUAUUAUAUUCGACUCGCCAUUAUUUCUAAAGAUAGAAUUGUAGCUUUAAUGAAAUGUAGCUUAAAUGAAAUGUAUAGUUUGUUGGUGAUGGGUUGGGUUUCACAGUGAAGAAAUCAGUGAGGAAAUAAUUAUGCACUAUUUAUUUUUUAUACUGUAUGUUAGGCUGUGUUUCUGUCUUCUCUGUUCACAGAUAUUAUAGAGAGAAUGUCAGUAAAUAUUCUAGUUCUUUUGAAAUAUCAAUAUUUCUCAUUCCGUUUUUUCAAAUAAAAACAAUUAAUUUAUGUAUAUAAUCAAAGCCAUGUAUGUUCACAAUCUGAUUUCAAUGUUUUACGUUUAAUUUGCCCAUUUUCUUUGGAUUUGAAUUCUUCCGAAUGUGCUCAGUUGUUUUUGUUUCUAUUGGACUAACACCAAUGAAUCUGUGCUCUGAUUGGUCGUGGAUGCUUUUAAAAUGUCGCCUGAGCAAUG